CGCGGGGAUGGCGGGCGCCGCGAGCGAGGCGCGCUUCGCCGGGCUGUCGCUGGUGCAGCUGCACGAGCUGCUGGAGGACGAGGCGCAGCUGACGGACAUGGUGCAGAAGAUGGAGGAGACGCAGACUAUUCAGCUUAACAAGGAGAUGACGCUGGCUGGCAACCGGAGCCUGGCAGAGGGGAACCUUCUGUAUCAGCCCCAGCUGGACUCACGGAAGGCCUGCUUGACCCAGAAGUACCAGGAGCUCCAGGCUCUCUUUGAAACCUAUCAGAUAAAGAAAACUAAACUCGAUCAGCAGUCCAGCAGUGCUUCCCUGGAGACCCUGUUAGCGCUUCUGCAAGCAGAAGGGGCCAAGAUCGAGGAAGACACAGAGAACAUGGCAGAGCAGUUUCUGGACGGGGAGCUGCCCCUGGACUCCUUCGUCGACGCGUACCAGAGCAAGCGGAAACUGGCCCACACGCGCCGGGUGAAGAUUGAGAAGCUCCAGGAAAUGGUGCUGAAGGGGCAGCGACUCCCGCCGGCCCCGCUGCCGCCCCGGACGUCCGAGCCGGCCCCCGCGGCCUCUCUGCCCUACCCCUCCGUGGAGGCCAGUGGCGGCCCCUCCGCCCUGCCCCGGCGCAUCCCCCCACCCCCGCCCCCUGUGCCUGCAGGAUGCUUGGCCACCCCGUUUGCUGCUGCCUCGGGCUCAGGACAGGCCAUUCCCUACCCAGGAUUACAGUGCCCGCCCCUGCCCCCCCGCGGGGGCCUCCCUGCACAGCCGGGGUUCUCUGCGCAGUUUGUGUCGCCGUACCCACCAGCUCUCCCCCAGAGACCCCCACCUCGGCUGCCUCCGCACCAGCCCGGCUUCAUCCUCCAGUGAGCACUGCGGGGACGCCCUGCCCGCUGCGCUGGGCUCCCGCGGAGGCCGUGAGGCCUGCUGCUGUGCAGGGACUAGGUUCCUGGGGCCCGCCUGUCCGUCUGAUUCUAGAACUGAUUCUGGUGAGUAGAGGUAGAAGGCCCGCUCCGUGCGUCCAGGUGGUGUGUGCGCCGGGUGACCGCCAGGUGUCGUCAUGCUGACUGCCUGCACCUUUGGGGACAGGCUCUCUUCUGCACCCGUGGGGGACCGUGACCCCCACUGGCUCAGGAGCAUGGCUCAUUGUCUAUCUGCAAACGUCAGUUCAUGUGUCCAGCCCACUUGCCACUGCAGCCCUGGUGGGGUCCACCAGCGUUGGCCAACCUACAAGGUUGGUGCCCCUGGCCAGGCUGUGCUGCCCAGACAGUGGCAUGGGUCAGCAUGGGCCCCUCUGCAGCACACCGGCUGCUUCCCAAGUCACAGGCACAGUUAACACUGACUGUGUCCCAGGAUGGGCGUGUGGGACUUUGUACCGGGAACUGUACCCAGCGCCCUCUGCAACCUCGAGCCAGCCCGGUGGUUUCUAGGAAGAAAAGCUCCCCCAGUAUUUUUACUACAUGUGUAAUGCUCCUGUUUUAUAUUUGGAAAUAACUUUUUUUUGACAUAGACCAUUCAGGGAACUUUGUAAAAAAAUGCAAAUAUUGUUUUGAGCAGAUUGAGAAGCAGACAGGAAAUGAAUGCGACUUCCUGUGUGCGAGCAGCGCGCGCUUGCACCUGUAGUGCCCGUGCCCGUGCCUUAGCCUCCCUGCCAGGCCUCUGGCCCGUGCAGGGCUGGGCCCUGGCAGCUCCAGCAAGUCUGGCCACCUUCAGCUGGGCCCAGCUGACUGGCGGCUGGGCCUGGGGUGGGUGGGGUGGUGUACGCAUCGGCUCUUCUGCCUCUGGGGGGUCUCCCUACGUGUGCCAGUCCCCAGGACCCAGCUGGGGUUGGGGCAGGCUGGAACCACACACCUGUGGCUCACGGGUGAAGCUUGUUGUCAGUGGGCUUGAGCUCGAGGCCACCAGCCUGUCCUCAGCUACCCUGCACUCCUGGACUUGAACUCUACUGUAUUGACUGUAAAGGAAACCCAACUGCCUAGGACGAUUCACUGCUCUGCCCGUCAGGCAGGCUUGCCACGUCCUGUGAAUCUCCAGCAGCAAGUGGUGCCACACACACACUCCCCUUUACCUCUGUCGCCAGCCAUCGGGGUGCCCACGGCCCCGCAGUACCGCAGCUAGGCACGAGUUCUGGGUUGGCACAGUGAGGCCGCUGGGCCGGCUGCACUGUCCCCACCUAGGGCUGCGUGUGGCGCGGGUUGUAAAGCUGUAGGAGCCUUUUUAAUAAACAAAAUCGUUGGCCACA